AUGGAGCUCCGAAUCCUAAUCCUCACUCUUUCAAACCCACUCGCCACCAUGUUCUCUCUCCACCGGGGAUUGUUGUGCAAGGGCAAGACGUUCAAUUGUUUUGUGGUUCUGUUAUAUAUUUUCUUUUGUCUAUCUGCGUACGGGAUGUGUUCUACAAAUUUGAGACCGAAUUCGCCAGAAUAUAGUGCUUGUGAGUCUUUAGAGAAAAAUUGCAAUUCAGGGUUUUCAGGCACUGUUGUUGCUGGCGGCGGUUUAGGUUCUGCAUCUCCUUCAAUCCACAAUGGUUUUCAGAAUCUGUGUCCGGAUACACAUUCAUCCCGCGCUCCUUUGAGUCUUAAAGCAGGUUCUUUAGGAGGUUCUGGUAAUCAGUGCAAUUGGCCGUUUUGUGUCGGAUUAGCUCGAGAUAGCGAGGUGACGAGUAACAUAAAGGGCUUAUUGCUAUCCCCUAAUGCUGUUAUUCAUGUUGGCGUUAUUUAUUGUAAUAAUCUGCACACUGAUUUACGUAACAUGUCACCGGAAGUAUCCAACUUGCAAGAGAAUUGCAAAUUGGUUGUUCUUACGAAUGACACAACUAGUCCCCAGGUUGAGAUUCCGUGUGAAGACGCACCGAAUAUCUGUUUCGAGUAUCAAAGGCUUUCAUUUGUAGGAAGCAAAGACAAAACCAAAGCUGAGUAUGCGGUGAGAAACAAGGGAUUGCCUCCAAAUAUCAAGGUUACCGAGACAGCAGAUGUAGAUAAAUUAGUGUUUGGAAAUCGGGUGUCUCUGCUUGAAGACGUUGAGGUGCUGUUCCCAAUGGUUCAAGUUGGAAGUUAUGUGUCUAAGUGGAUCACUGUAAAGAAUCCUAGCCACCGUCCUGUUACGGUGCAGCUUAUCUUGAACACAGAAGAAAUGGUUGAUGAAUGCAGAGGUCCGGAUGAUAUAAUACAAAAAUUUUCAGCGGCUAAUUUAGUCAUAGAUGAAGUUAUUUCUGCAGCAAAGUAUGGAUUCUCUGUGACCGAGAGUGCAGUAACAGAGGCAUAUGUGAAUCCAUAUGAUUAUGCAACCCUAGGUCCGAUAAUAUUUUAUCCAUCCAAGCGAUGUAGAUGGAAUGGUUCAGCGUUGAUCAGAAACAAUCUCACUGGGAUAGAGUUGAUACCUUUAAGAGGCAUUGGAGGGUUGCAUUCUCUAGCUUUACUCGAGAGGUCUGAGCAUGUUCAGAGUGUUAAUUUUGAUCUUCAAAUGCACAAUCUCCUCGGUUUCUCGCUUUCGUAUUCGUUACUUCACAUGAAAGACAUGAUUUCUGUCUGCUCGCAGCCUUUAGUGAAAGAGAUAUAUGCGAAGAACACAGGGGAUUUGCCGUUGGAGGUGAAAUCAAUGAGAGUUUCUGGGAGAGAAUGUGGGUUGGAUGGUUUUAAGAUACAAGAUUGUAAAGGUUUUUCUCUUGAUCCCAGUGAGUCGAUAAAGCUUCUGAUAUCAUACCAAACCGAUUUCUCUGCAGCAACGGUACAUCGAGAUCUUGAACUCGCUUUGGCUUCUGGCAUUUUUCUAAUUCCAAUGAAGGCAAGUAUCCCGUUUGAUGUGCUAUGUAACUGUAAGAGGUUCUUGUUUUGGGCGCGAGUCAAAAAAUGGUUGCUUGGAUUCAUACUCUUUGCAUCCUUAUUUUUCAUGGUGUCCUUGGAUUACUUGUGCAAGAACGAUAGUAACUCCGUGCACAUCACCUUACAACAUUCCGGGAAAACUCCGCUAGUUCUGCCUUGUAAUCAGAGAAAGGAUAAGUUAUCGAUGUCCGGUAAAAUGACAAAUAUGGUUUGCUCAACUGGAAAAGGCACAACCUCGCCGAUUCAAGCCACCUGUGUCAGAUAUUCAUAUGACCUAAGCGAAACCUCUGACCAGGAUUCGGAAAACCGUAAACAGUUUAGUCUUUUGUUGGAUACUCCAAAGAAAGAAAAGUCGCCAACAACUGCAGUUCAGAGCUCUGACGUUACGAAACCACCCCAACAGAGUGAAACAAAAAUCAAAACAGGAAAAGAAAAAGGUAGACGAAAGAAGAAUAAUAAUAAGAGUUUCACCGCAAAGUUAACUGCAGUGUCUGAAGUUUCAAGCAGUCGAAGCGGAAAUUCUACACCCUUGUCCCCGGUCGCCCCAUCAUCAACAAAAUCUACCCGGCCAUUGUCUCCUGAUGUAGAGCAACCCCAACAUCAUAAAAAAUUUCAACCUUCUGCAUCUGCUUCCAAGAAAAAUACAUCGAAGCAAAAUACACCGAAGCAAAAUACAUCAAAGCAUAGGGUUCCGGUAAAAUCCCUUACCAACAAUGCUGCUUCUCCUAAAGUUUCAGUUUCACCUUCACCUUCAUCAAGUGAUGCUAGUAUACCGUAUAAGAUGUUUUAUGCUGCUUCUCCUCCUCCCAUGCCGGCUACACCUCCGUCGUUAGUGUCAACAUCUAGUGUUAACUUAAGUCGUCGAGCUCCGGGACCGAAACUUAACAAGCAAAAGAGUGUAUUAGCACCAAAAAAGUUAGGAGUUGCAGAUGAGUAUACAUAUGAUAUAUGGGGUGGACAUCUUUCAGGGCUUCAUUUGUUAGUUCCAAAAGAUGUUACUUGCAUGAAAUCUAGUCCUGAUGAAAAGAACUUCAAUAGCUUCUUUGUUGGGGAGCCACAGUCAAUAAAAUAA